UACUAACUUGGUGCCUUAGCGACUGGAUCUAUAAGUAGUAUGAAGUUUUGUUGAUGAUCAGUAAUCCUUUCAGUCAUGAAGAGCAAGAAAACCAUCUGCUUCUGCAUCCCAGCCUGGAAACCCAAAGAAGAGAAUGAUCAAGAGAAGCCCGACGACGAAUCCCAGUCCAGCUCUCGUUGGCGGCGGAGCAAGAGAAAAGGAGAGCACGUCGUCUCAACGGCUCAUAAUAAUGAUCAUGGUGAAGGCAACACAAGUACAAGUACUAAUACCGCCUCAAGCACUGAUGUUGGUGCCGCAGCUGUUGUUAUGGUGAGUACUGCCAAUAUUUCUUCCAUGGACGGCGGUGACGGUGGCAGCGCUCAUGGUGGUGGCGGUGACGGCGGUGGCUAUUGAUCGAUCAAAUAGAAAUUUGUUGCUUUUUGCCAAUUUUAUUCAGUCAUUUUCCAAUAUCUUCUUCAUGUUUUCUUUGACCUGUUUGGUUAUUGGGAUUGAAUCUAUGAAGCUUGGCUAGUAAGAGAGGCCAACAGUAGCUUGGAUUAUUUUAUUUUUUUAUUUUUAUUUUUUUUUUAUGCCUGAAAUUUGUGAAAUAAAAGAAGUUUUGCGUUUGAGUCCAUCAAGUCAUCAGCUUCAAUACUUCAAUUUUGGUGGUAUUUUGAUGUUCAUGAAUGUAUGUAGAACCCCAAGUAUAGGCCCAAAUUGUUCAGCUCACACCAAUUUUGGCCCAAAUCAAGUCCAAACCGUCAGAAUCCAUAAACCGUCAAAACAUAAUAUACCCCAAAGAAACCGUCACUAGAAGCGAAACCCUAAACCUAACCCUAGACUCUCUCUCCUUCUUCAAAGCAAUCAGAAUCAGCUAAAGAGCCAUGGUGGUUAUGAAUACAGGAACAGCUCAUGAGACCCGACAGGCGAAGGCCCGGUGGGGAGAGCUUGAUGAGGACGACGGAGACGACCUGGACUUCCUUUUGCUGCCGCCGAAGGAGGUGAUCGGGCCCAACGAGAACGGCGUCAAGAAGGUGAUUGAGUACAAGUUCAAUGAGGAGGGCAAAAAGGUCAAGAUCACUACUACGGUUAGGACUCGGAAAGUCGCCAAAGCUCGGCUCAGUAAGCAGGCCGUGGAGCGCCGCUCGUGGGCCAAAUUCGGAGAGGCUGUCAAUGAGAACGUCGGCGAAAGCCGGACCUUGGUCUCCACUGAAGAGAUCCAACUUGAGCGCCCUAAGGCUCCUGGUAGUAGCAAGGCAGCAAAACCAGAACCUUUGGCCCCCAAAAACAAUGCUACUUACAUCAAAUGCAGGUAUUGUAAGGGUGAGCACUGGACUUCAAGUUGCCCGCACAAGGAUCUUUUCCAAGAUACCGAAGUAUCUGAAGUACCUGUCUCAGAUAACCAAACUCCAGGGGCCAGCAAGACUACAUAUGUUCCUCCAGGCUUGAGAGCUAAGGCAGACAAAACUGGUAACUUCAGAAGGGAUGAGAAUUCUGUGCGGGUCACCAACCUUUCAGAGGAUACACGGGAGCCCGACUUGCGGGAACUUUUCCUGCCUUUUGGCGAAGUAAGCCGUGUUUAUGUUGCUCUUGACAAAGAAACUCAAGUCAGCCGAGGAUUUGGUUUUGUUAACUUUUUGAGGAGGGAAGAUGCCCAGAAAGCCAUCAACAAAUUGAAUGGAUAUGGUUACGACAAUCUCAUUCUCAGUGUUGAAUGGGCCGCACCCAGGCCAAAUUAGAGCCGAGCCUUCUUCCUCUCCUUCGUCCUCUCUGUUCCUUUAUUCUUAUAUAUCAUGAUAAUUGCAUUAGAUAUGUCUAUUAAGAAGGCUUUGAAGUCUUUUUGGCCCUAUGGGGAGUUAAAAGUUAUUGACUUUGUUUUUUUUUUUUUUUUUUUUAUUCAAAAUCAUCUACGAAUCAAUUGAUGAUAUCUUGAUAGUUGAUACAGGUACAUGGUAAAGUCUUGUUGCUUUGCAACCCCUUAUUCUUUCUUAUUGAAGACUAAGGCUGCUUAAAGAG